AUGCCAAUCAAUUUGCAUUUUUACUUUGGAAUUAGACAGGAAGAGGCUGCUCCUCAAGUAUUACCAAGUACAUCCGCAUCUGCUACGCGCAUCUCAGCAGCCCAACCUGGUCAUGUUUUUCUCGCGACCGCUAUUGUUCAUGURCGAGACAAGUGUGGCAGGCUACAUGAAUGUAGGGCUGUACUUGACAGCGGAUCUCAGAUAAACUUCAUCUCCAAGAAUUUAACAACUCUACUUCAAUUACCAGGAAGAAAAAGUUCCCUUCCAAUAUGUGGAAUAGGUGCUAAUCAAGUGCUAGCAGCAGCUUGUAUUGACUUAACGAUUCAGUCCAGAACGAGUGAUUAUAAUGUCGACUUAACUUGCUAUGUACUACCAAGUAUCGUUUCUGACUUAUCUGCCUGUCCCAUACCUGAAGGAGGAUGGACAAUUCCGGAAGACYUAUACCCAAGGCUCGCUGAUCCAUUGUUCUAUAAAAGAAGACCAGUUGAUUUACUUAUAGGUGGUGGCAUUUUCUUUGACAUCUUAAGAAUGGAACGAAGAUCUCUAAAUUUGGAAGCAUUAUGGUUACAUGACAGUCAGUUUGGCUGGAUUGUUACAGGUGAACUGCAUUCCACAUGCUUAGUUGGUAUUAAUUCCGUUGGUGCUUCUCUUGAAACUGAUUGGAAGGCUCUACACUUAGAGGAYGAUACGGUUUAUGGGCGACUGUCGAAACCAAAUCUCAGGAUCUUAGAAGAAAAGGAAGUUGUCUUACAUUUCCAAAAAACUGCAAUCCGCAAUGAUGAUGGCCGAUUCGUUCUUCGAUUACCAAUCAAAGCAAAUGCUGAYAAAUUAGGAGACAGUGUAACAAUGGCGACAUCACGCUUUAUGAGUGUGGAAAGACGAAUACAAAAGGAUCCGUACUUACGCACAGAAUAUAUAAAGUUUAUGCAAGAAUACUUAGAGAUGGGCCACAUGCAGGAAGUUAGCUGUGAAUUAUCUAUUCCUUUAAAUGCAUACUAUCUGCCGCAUCACGCAGUUCAAAAGACCUCAAGUCUAACCACAAAGGUGAGAGUGGUUUUUGAUGCUUCCGCCAGAUCUUCUUCAGGUAUAUCACUAAACGAUAUACUAAUGCGUGGCCCUACAGUCCAGGAGGAGUUGUUUGCGAUAUUGAUUCGGUUUAGAAGACACCAACAUGUAAUAACAUCAGAUAUUGAAAAAAUGUUCCGGCAAGUCGCCAUAGCUGAACCCGAUUGGGAUUUMCAACGAAUUUUAUGGAGAAAUGACCCCAGUGAAUCUCUUCGUACAUACAGAUUAGUAACAGUUACCUAUGGAACCACUCCAGCAUCAUAUAUGACUACUCAAUGUCUUGUMAAAUUGGCUGAAGAAUUUAGUGAGCGUUAUCCGAAGGCAACAACAGUCAUCAGACAGGACUUCUAUAUGGAUGACUUAAUGACAGGCUCUGACACCGAAGCAGAAUGCUGUCGGUUACAACAAGAAGUGAGCAUGAUYCUGAAUUCCGCCAAGUUACCACUUCGUAAAUGGUGUUCAAAUUCCCAAACUGUGUUACAGUGCAUAACUAAAGAAGAGCAAGAUCCACUAUUCGUUUUGAAUAUAAGUGAAGAUGAUACUGUUAAAUCKUUGGGUCUGUGUUGGAAACCGAUUGCUGAUGAAUUCCGCUUCCAAAUAGCAGAUGUACCUGAAAGCUAUAAACUCACUAAAAGAACCUUGUUGUCGCAAUUAAAUAGAAUUUUUGAUCCAUUAGGUUUUCUUGCACCGGUGCUCAUCAAGGGAAAAAUAUUUCUUAAGCAACUUUGGCAAUUAAAAAUUGAUUGGGAUACACAGUUACAAGAAGACCUUCAAAUGAAAUGGCGUUCAUAUUACGAAGAAUUACAAAUUCUCAAAGGCUUAUCAAUACCACGAAAAAGUAUAUUUAGYAUAAGUAAAAAAAUAGAAAUGCAUGGCUUCUGCGACGCAUCGUUAGAGGCUUAUGGGGCUUGUAUCUAUGUCCGCUCGUUGGRUAAUGACGGAACUUGGCAUUCACAGUUGCUGUGUUCGAAGACUCGAGUAGCUCCGCUUAAAGGUAUAACAAUUCCUCGCUUGGAGUUAAAUGGGGCACAUUUGUUAGUACAGUUGAUUGUCAAGAUUUCUGAUUCAUGGAAGAUAAAUUCGCUAGAUUUCCGCCUCUGGACUGAUUCUAUGGUUGUAUUAUCUUGGCUGAAUAGCGAUUCCAGCCGACUGAAAACAUAUGUAUCGAAUAGAAUAACACAAAUACUAGAAGUCUCCAAUCCUUCUCAAUGGCGACAUGUGAAGACAAAUGAAAACCCAGCAGAUAUAAUUUCUCGUGGAUUAAGAGCACAAGAACUAAGUACAUCACAAAUUUGGUGGCAUGGUCCCUUUUGGCUAUCUCAAGCAGACGACUGUUGGAUUCACAUUCCCAUACAACCAGUAUUAGAGACCGAACUUCCUGAACAACGACCGUUGCGUUUAGCGCUAAUAGCAACAAAUCCGAUCAAAGACUUGGUCAGCAGCUUCUCUAGCUGGCUCAAACUUACACGUGCAGUUGGGUGGAUCACAAAGUUCAUUGAAUAUAUUGCUUCAAAKYGAAGAAGGCCAAUGGUCAAGUACCUCACUGUUCAAAAUAUCAAAGCAGCUCAAAGAACUGUACUCCAGGCAGUGCAAGAAGAAGCAUUUGGUAAGGAUAUAGUUUCACUAAGGCAGCAUAAUAAUGUGCCCUACCGCAGUAAGUUGAAGUCCUUAAAUCMUCUGUUAAAGAACGGGUUAUUAGUCGUGGGAGGCCGGUUAGAGAACGCUGCGAUCUCAGAAGAUCAGAGGACACCAAUUAUUCUACCAGCUGACCAURGAGUGACUCGUCUGAUUUUUACCGAACGUCAUCGGAGUUUACUACAUUGUGGCCCAUCAGCUCUCCUUGCCGACCUAAGACAUCAAUACUGGCCUCUACGUGGAAGACUUACAGCAAGAUCAGUGGUCAAACGUUGCAUUGAUUGUGUUCGAGCAAAGCCGAAGUUCCAACAUCCUCUCAUGGCACCACUGCCUAAAGAAAGAGUCACCUGUACGCGUCCUUUCAGUAAUACAGGCGUUGAUUUCGCUGGCCCAUUAAUAAUACGAAGCGGAAUUCGUGGGAAGCCUGGAAAAAAGGCCUGGAUAGCAAUAUUUGUCUGCUUUUCUACCAAGGCAGCACAUAUAGAAGCUGUUGAGGACUUGACAUCUAGUGCAUUUAUUGCCACACUACGGCGAUUUUGUUCUAGGAGAGGAAAACCUGAUAAAAUUUGGAGUGAUAACGGCACCAACUUUGUUGGAGCAAGACGAGAACUGGCAAUAUACACUAAGGGCAUUGAGKCACAGUUAGCAAAUGAAGGCAUCAACUGGCAUUUCAACCCGCCAUCAACCCCACACUUUGGAGGCAUUUGGGAAAGCUGCGUAAAGAGUGCAAAGCACCAUUUAACAAGAAUUGUCAAGGAUGCAUACUUAACUCUGAGCGAGMUUCAGACACUACUGUGUCAAAUUGAAGCAUGCCUAAAUUCACGCCCUCUUUCACCAUUGAGUAGUAGCUCACAAGACUUGGAACCCCUCACUCCCGCUCACUUUUUAAUCGGGGGUCCAAUCACGUUACCUCCAGAACCAGAUUUGGCAUCACAGCAAAUAAGCGGUUUAAGACGGUGGAGACUAGUACAAGCUCUCAUGCAGACAUUUUGGAGCAGAUGGACCUCAGAAUACCUCCCUCAGCUUCAGGUCAGGGGAAAAUGGACAACUGCAUCUAAACCUUUGGCAAUCGGAGAUGUCGUAAUUGUCAAGGAAGAUAACAUGGCUCCAUGCAAGUGGAAAAUGGCUCGCAUAAUAUGUCUUCAUCCAGGCAAGGAUGGUCACACCCGAGUAGUCACCAUACGAACAGCAAAUGGCACAGAGACCAAAAGACCAGUAAUCAAAUUAUGCUACCUGCCAGUUGAAAAAGAAUUGGAAAAUAACUGA